AUGCAGACGAUUAAAUGUGUGGUUGUGGGAGAUGGGGCUGUAGGUAAGACCUGCCUCCUUAUCAGUUACACAACAAACGCCUUUCCCGAGGAGUAUAUCCCUACUGUCUUUGACAACUAUAGUGCCCAGACAUCUGUGGACGGCCAGAUCGUCAGCCUGAACCUGUGGGACACAGCUGGCCAAGAGGAGUAUGACCGACUGCGAACACUCUCCUACCCCCAGACCAAUAUCUUCGUCAUUUGUUUUUCCAUUGGCAACCCAUCUUCUUAUGCCAAUGUGAGGCAUAAGUGGUACCCAGAGGUCUCCCAUCAUUGCCCCAAUGUACCUGUUUUGCUGGUAGGCACCAAGAGGGACCUGCGAAGUGACACUGAGACAGUGAAGAAGCUGAAGGAACAGAGCCUAGUGCCCACAACUCCUCAGCAAGGCACUUCCCUGGCUAAGCAGGUGGGGGCUGUGAAGUAUCUGGAAUGUUCAGCCCUGAUGCAGGAUGGGGUCCAUGAGGUAUUUUCAGAAGCUGUCCGGGCUGUACUGUACCCUGCCACAAAGAAGAACAGCAAGAAGUGUGUCCUCUUAUAG